ACGCCAACAAAAUGGCUUCUAACUCCACACUCUUAGCCUUCCUCUGCUUGGUGGGUUUGAUGGUGGGAGCCUCUCUGGCUCAGCUAAAUCCUUCCUUCUACGCCAAAUCAUGUCCUAAUUUAGCAAAAAUUGUGAAUGGCGUAGUCGCAAACGCGCUACGAACCGAUGCUCGAGCCGGAGCUAAACUCAUUCGCUUCCACUUCCACGACUGCUUUGUUGAUGGGUGUGAUGCGUCUGUUUUGCUUGAGAAUGCACCUGGCAUAGACAGUGAACUAGACGCCCCUGGAAAUCAAGGCAUUCAAGGUCUUAACAUCAUCGACGACAUCAAAUCUGCUGUCGAAAAGGCUUGCCCACGUACUGUUUCCUGUGCUGACAUCUUGACCAUUGCCUCUAGAGAAUCUGUCGUUCUGGCUGGUGGGCCGAGCUGGAUUGUGCCAUUGGGACGAAGAGACAGCCGAACAGCCAAUAAGGAGGGAGCCACCAACAACCUCGCCAGCCCCUUUGAAGACCUGGAUGGACUCAAAGCCAAGUUCUCUGUUUUCGGCCUCGACUCCACUGAUCUUGUUGCUCUGUCCGGAGCACAUACAUUUGGGCGUUCAAGAUGCGCGUUUUUCAGCCAUCGUUUCGCGAAUUUCAACGGCACCAACAGGCCAGAUCCGACACUAGACCCAGCUUACAGAGAGCAACUCCGGAGGGUUUGUUCUAGCUCAGAGACACGAGCCAAUUUUGACCCGACAACGCCAGACAAAUUUGACAAGAACUAUUACACCAAUCUUCAGGGGCUUCGAGGGCUUCUUCAGAGCGAUCAAGAACUGUUCUCUACUCGCGGGGCUGACACGGUGGCGAUUGUGAACCGUUUCGCGAAAAACCAAGAUGAGUUCUUUAAAAAUUUUGGUCGGUCUAUGAUCAAAAUGGGAAACAUUAGCCCUUUAACUGGAAAGAAAGGAGAAAUUAGAUUGAACUGUCGGAGGGUUAAUUCUCCACCAAGGGCCGAUGAGGGGCAUGAUGUUAUGUAAGAUUGGUGGCGUUUUAAGUGCAGAGUUUGAGAUGGAGAGGUUUUUUAAUGUUGUUUUUAAGGUUGUGUAUGUUUUGUUGUGUUGUGGUCUGAGUUUAACAUAAUGUAUGAAGUUUGAAUAAUACUUUAAUAUGUGAUAUUGGAGUAAGGGAAGUAA